GGUACAAUUCCCUUGCUUGCUGCCUGCCUGCUGGUCGUAAGGCCUAUCUUUCUACUCACUGUAGUCAUCAUGGAACCACAGCCAGGUGAUGAUUAUCUGCGCAGAAUCUCGACAUUCAUCAGAAACAAUGAGAUGGGACUAGCAGAAGCUGGCUUCGUCCGACGAAGGCGCAUACAGCCUCGGCACUCUGCCAAUAACACCUCUGUCUUCAAUCUCGCUGGUUGGUUUUCUUACGAUUCACAAGCGCCAUCACCUGUUCCUCCGAAACCUGUCACGUUUACUAUCGACACGCACAGGCUGUUUUACAUCCUUAUGCGUUUAGAGGCACUUGGAAUUGAUGUUGGCACAUUAGAUGUGAGGGUCGACAAUCCCUCAAAGCCGAUGCAUUAUACGCACAUCGAUUUGUACCUUGAUUCUGACAAUUCCGACACGCUGUCUCUUGCGUCAUUUCGCUCAUCCCUUUCAGCCGUAUCUGGUUUGUCACUUGGAGUAGGGUGGUGGGGAAGACAGGAGCCGCAAACCAUAGACGCGGAGCUCAAGUAUAUUUACAGCUCUUUUACAAAGCUCCCUGCUCUAUCCAUUAGGGCACCGGGCCCGAAAGUCAUCGCCGAGCUCGCAGAUGAACCACCCAAUCAGAAUGCACUCCCACUGGAUGCAUUUAAGAAUAUUCAGACCUUGGAGUGCAUCGACAUAGACCCACGAACAUUACUUGGGUGGGAUAGGCUGGCGGAAAGUCUGCGGAGUUUAACAGUCCAGCGCAGUGGCCUGGAGGACGUCACAGAUAUCUUUAUUGGUGCCGUGUUGGAUGACCAGGCUCGGAGAGAUGGUACUACGAGCGACUCGAGAAGUAGACGCAUACCUCGUUCACAACGCUCUUUCCAGAGUACUCGCCUACCUGAAUCUGUUCCCGAAGAUGAUGAAGACGAUUUAACACCUCCCGUGCCUUCACCUGCCGCUCCCCUCUCGCCCUAUAAAUGGUCAUUAUUGAAGCACUUGUCGCUGGCAGAUAAUGCUCUAACUUUUCUUCCCACCGACCCGUUACCAUACCUCACCUCGCUUAGCUAUCUUGACCUAUCGUCUAACCUCCUCGUGUCUGUGCCGCAUGGUCUCGCUACUCUCCACAACCUCGUCUCCCUCAACCUCUCCGAUAACAUGAUUGAUUCAGUCCUCGGGAUCUACACGCACCUUGGCCAAGUUCUCAACAUCAAUCUCUCUCGCAACCGGCUUGAAUCUAUUUGUGGCUUAGAGCGUCUAAUGGCGCUAGAGCGCGUCGACUUGCGCUCAAACCAUAUAGAGGAGAGCGCUGAGAUUGGGCGAUUGGCUACAUUACCUAACAUCAUGGAGGUAUGGAUUGAAGGAAAUCCGCUCACCGAGUACGAGGACAACUAUCGCACCGCAUGCUUUGAUCUUUUCCUGAAGGAGGACAAGAGCAUCAAGCUCGAUGGAGCAUCACCAGGGUUUUAUGAGAAACGCAGUCUCAGCGCAUCACUGUCUGACCAGCCGUUAUCAGUAAACACGGUCGAGACUCUCCCCUCCCCACCUGUCGUACCAGUAGGCAGUCCGAAGGCGAUGGCACCCUCUUCGACAGGGAUGCAUGAUGUCAUGGGCACUCCGCUAUCUGGACCCUCGUCUCCGUCUUGUGGUUCUCCUGUGCUAACAGGUGCUGUUGCAGGGAAGAGAAAACGGAAGAUCAAGCGCAUCGUCGACCUGGCCCCCGUGGAUGGAAUGGAUGGUCCACCUUAUUCCUCGAAUAAAGGAGGUACUGUAGUACCGCCAGGGAUCUCUGUUGACCCCGCGAGCUCGCCGCGCUCACCAUCUGCGACUGUUUGUAUACCAUAUCCACAUUCAACGAAUGGUAAAUCGGGCCACCGAAGAGCGGGUAUGGUAUUUGAUCCACCAGACGAGGGUCAGAGUCAGAGUCAGAUACGAGAUGCAGAGCUCUAUCGAGCGCGGAUGCAAGCCCUGCGUUCUGACAUGGGAGAUGGGUGGCUAAAGGUGUUCAGCCAGAGUCAGACGCCAUCACCAGGAGUUGCUGCGGGUUAGAUUUCUUAUCAUGCUGGUAAUUUAGUAGGAUAUACCCAUCUUGUAUGCAUCCAUCAGUCUGGACUCUUACAUUAAUACUGUACUAUUGAUAAUAUCGUUACACUGGCCGUGGUCCUAUCGCCACUUGAUCCUUAUUUUUAAGUUCUUUCACAUUUC